AUGGACUCAGCCGAGCGCGACGCCCACCGCUUCUUCUCCCGCUCGGGGAAGGGGGAUCCGUGUGCCGGGCACGCGUGGGUGGAUCUGAAGGACUUUGGCGACGGGAGGAAGAGGAGCCUGUCCGUGUCGUCCGAGGAGGAGGAGCCCGACGACGGCUGGAAGCCCCCCGGCUGCUUCUGCCCGGACCCGCUGGGCCCCGAGGACCCCGGCCGCCCCGGCCACCCCUCCCGCCCGCGCCGCCCGCCCGUCGCCUUCACGUGUCUCGGCGGGGCCGUGGCGGUGUCCUGGGCGUUGUCGGUCGCCGGCGCCCUCGGCGAGCGGGUUGUGGUAACCAACGGCGAUUGUUACUUCGAAGGUAACGUCAAAGUCCACGGCGGAGCAGGGCCCGACAGCAAGGACAGGGCGACGUUCCUCUGCCCACCCCAGUCGGACUUUGAGGAGGACAGCAAGGAGAAGCUCCUGGCCCCGGGGUCCCCUCCGUCUGCGGCGGGGGAUCGGGCGCGGGAGGCGGGCGCGGACAGGCAGGCGGGCGCCGCCAAAAAGAAGACGCGCACCGUCUUCUCCCGCAGCCAGGUCUACCAGCUGGAGUCCACCUUCGACCUGAAGCGCUACCUGAGCAGCUCGGAGCGCGCCUGCCUGGCCUCCAGCCUGCAGCUCACCGAGACCCAGGUGAAGACCUGGUUCCAGAACCGCCGGAACAAGUGGAAGCGGCAGCUGUCCGCCGAGCUGGAGGCGGCCAACAUGGCCCACGCCUCGGCCCAGACUCUGGUGGGCAUGCCCUUGGUGUUUCGAGACAGUUCCUUGCUGCGGGUGCCCGUGCCCCGGACCCUCGCCUUCCCGGCCCCUCUCUACUACCCGGGCAGCAACCUGUCGGCCUUACCGCUUUACAACCUCUACAAUAAGAUCGACUACUGACUGACCCGCCGGGUCGCCCCCGCCCCCCAUCCCCCGACGCCCAGCCCUUCC